UCUCACUGUCUAAGACCAAGUACAGCUCCUAGCCUUCCAUUGAACACCAAACAGUCGAAGCGAAGAUCUUCAUUCAAUAGACUUAUUGUCCUUUGUAUAUUGUAUGCACUGUGCUGGAUAAAGCCUAUGGCGCAUGCGCACCACUGGAUACCGAAGAAACACGAAAUGAAUCACAACGUCCAUGUUGGACUGCCAUACAUCGUAAGAGGUGAACCGUUUUCACAGAAAAUGCGCUUUGAAGUGGUUUAUGACGACAGCAUCGGCGAUUUAGAUGAAGAGAAAUAUGGUUUAAUUACAGGAAAACUCAUACCCGAGGCAGUGGAUUACUUUCAUGAAGCUUUUAGCGUAAAACCUACCAGACUCCCCGUAAAACUACAAAGAACUUGUAAAAACAAUGCGUACUUUCUGAAGGACAUCAAAGGCGACAAGGCGGGAGAUGUUCAGUUUUGUAAGCUAGAUUGUGUUAACACGCAGUGCGGACCUGUAAAUGUACCUGCUGACCACUUGGAUCAGUGUCGCGUGUGUGACGAAAAAGGUAUCAAGUGUUUUAAUGUCCCGGGUGAAGAGUGGGAGUCUGGAAUGGGUGUGGACUCACGGGAUUUUAUACUGUAUGUGUCUUGUAUUCAAACGGAUCACUGUAAUCUUGCCAAUGCUGUUGCAUAUGCCUCCUACUGCCAGCAGGAGCAUGCUCUUGAUCGACCUGUUGCUGGAUUUGCGAACAUUUGCCCCAAUCGCCUCGACACAGACCCGAGACACUACCCGAAUCUUUUGUCAACUGUGAAGCACGAAAUAUUUCAUGCGCUGGGAUUUAGCGCGGGACUUUUCGCAUUUUACAGAAAUGAGAACGGCGUGCCUUACACGCCGAGAGAGAAGCAUGGUUUACCUCCGUAUAACGAGAAGUACGGGCUGUAUCAAUGGAAUUCAAAGAUCGUGAAAAAGGUGGAACGAAAAAACUGGGCAACACGACACGGAGACAUCACGCAUCAAGUGCACAUGAUUGUUACUCCUCGAGUAAAAAGGGAGGUACGAAAGCAUUUUAACUGCCCGAGCUUAGAAGGAGCAGAGAUCGAGAACCAAGGAGGGGUGGGAACAGAAUACACGCAUUGGGAAAAGCGUUUGUUCGAAAACGAAGCAAUGACUGGCACAUACACACAGAAUCCAGUUUUCUCAAGGAUUACGUUUGCCCUGAUGGAGGACACGGGAUGGUAUAAAGCUAACUACAGCUUGGCGGAUGAACUUGACUGGGGAAAAGAACUCGGCUGUCUUUUUACUAAGGCAAGCUGUAAAACGUGGAUGGAAAAGCACCUACGGAAAAAGAAAUCUGCGGUUCCUUUCUGCUACGCCAUAAAGAAAACUCCACUUCAUAUGCGUUGUACGCACAGCAAGCUGUCAGUAGCUUUGUGUAAUCUUCGUAAGUACAACAGGGCUCUCCCGGAGGAGUACCAAUACUUCAAUCAUCUGCCAAUCAGUGAAACGAACCCAGAUGAAGAUGAACCAGUUGGUUUAGUUAUUCGAGACACAGCAUCUUAUGGUGGUGCUGUUCCUUUAGCGGAUUACUGUCCAUUUUACCAGAAGUUCACGUUAACAGGGACGGACGGCGCGAGACGCGAGACUACCUGCACGAUGGAAGAAAACGCUCCCGCCAUGCUUGAUAACUACGCUUUGGAACAUUACGGUCCUGGCACCAAGUGUAUCGAGCAAGGGCGGGAAUGGCUGGCAAAGAAAGGCUAUUUAACAAGAACAAUGGUAGAUUGGGGAAGCGGGUGCUACAAAUAUCAUUGCGAUGGAGGGUUACAAGUGGAAGUCGCAGGAGAGUUUUACACUUGUCAUCAUAAGGGACAACAUCUUGACAUCUCUGGUUCACUGAACGACUGGAAGAUAAAUGGAUCACUGAUUUGUCCUUCAUGCGAAGAAUUCUGCGGCGCUCACAAAGGAUGCCCUCAAGAAGUUAAAAGCCUUUCAACAGGAAUUGCGUUUGUAGAAGGGGAGAGACCAGAUCACAAAAAUACUGCACAGAGUUUAACGAAGUCCUCGGUAGAACUCUACUAUUUAAUAAUUUCGAGAAUCCUUCUCGCAUUUAGCCUAAUUAUCUUUCUCGUGCCGGACUUCAAUUGUAUCAACAUUUUCAGCUGAAACCAAACUCACAAGACUUAACUACAAAGAAUAUAGUUUUGAUAUUAGUUAGGUAUGAUUUGAAGUGUGGCAGAGAUGUCUAGAUAAAUAAAUACGAUGAGAGGGAGAAUUUACUGUGCCUUGCCCAGUGCUGUGAUUCCCAAGUAGGACGGAGCAGUUGUUCACUGCUAGGUCUGUGGAUAACUCGAUCUGGCAGUGAGUAAAUGCUUUGAACACCCAUGAAAUUAAGUGUAGUGAUUCCAUUUCAACGGUAAAAAAGGUGGCUAAAGUAUAUAUACACAGAAAACUGGAUACAUAUAACGAACACGUGUCUACUUGGCAACCUGACUCAAAAGUCAGCCUACAAUAGCUGCGCUUAGCUUGUUUAAAAAAUAAUGGCCGCAAAUUGUAAAAACUGACCACUAAAACAUUUAAUUUUAAUAUCGAACAAGUUGAACGAAUGGGAAAUUAAAGGACAAUAGACAGGCCUUUACUCCUGGCCUGUAGGCAAAGGACCAGGGCAAGAAAUCAA